GAGUCUUUGAUGCAACACAUUUCCAACAUAAUGCUUCUAUUGACACUUUCACGCUGGAUAUUCCAGGAACUGCUGAGGUGGGUCUGGUUUUCUAGAUUUUAGAUAUUCAACCAAAUACACAUUCUGUUACAAAUUGUGUGCACCUUUUUCCAUUUACUACAACACAAUGACAAUUUAGCCAUUGAAAUAGUUAUGUGGCCCAUAGCAUUUUCUAAUAUGAUUGCAUGUUCACAAUAUUAUAUAAUCUAUAAUUGUAGAGUGGAAUGUGGAAGUACAGCCUUAAUAGUAAACAAUCAACCGACCAGUCUAUGUCAGUGACUGUGACAAGUUGUGCUGCCAGUGAAGAUAUACCUCCGGUCACGGUCAAAGCCCACAUGAGCCAGCUGUCCAGCGAUGGCAGCAAACCCAUGCUGGUGUUUGCAGAGGUUAGGCAGAGAGGAGUUCCUGUAAUUCUGGCAGAUGUGAUGGCUACGUUGGAAAACUCUGACUCUAAAAUCCAAUAUAAGGUUCAACUGCUGGAUAACGGAGCAGGUGAGGUAGAGCCACAAUGGAGCUCAGAGUAAAAACCUCCCAAACACUAUGAUCAUUAUCUGAGACACAUUCAGUCUGAUUAUCCUGCUAUAAAUAUGUGAAACUGACACACAUAGACGACCCAUUCUCAUCCCCAUGAUUACUUUUCAGGUUCUGACGCUUUCAGACAUGACAGCAUCUAUUCCAGUUACUUCACUAAUCUAACAACAGGAAAAUACAGCUUGAAAGUGAAAGUACAGAACGAUGACGGCACAGCCAGAUUCUCCCCCAGGAGACACAGUGGAGCACUUUACAUUCCUGGAUAUGUGGUUGAUGGUACAGUACAAUACAUCUGACACUACAUAUGUUUUUAUUCAUGGCUUAUGAAUUAUGAUAUGUACAUACAAAAAACAUAUUUUAAUGUAAUUGAUCAGUAUCCGUACUUAAGAUCAACAACUAGCCUUAUAGCAAUCAAGUGUAUGAUUUGGGAUAUGUAUAAAUUAAUUUGUUUGAUUAAUCUGUCCCAGGACAAGUAGUGAUGAAUCCCUCAAAGCCCCCAGUCAGUGAGGACGACCUGCAGGCUGAUGUGGGCAGCUUCACCAGGACAGCCAUAGGAGAGAGCUUCUCAGUCUUCCACCUGGUUUCCCCCCUCCAAAUGUCCCCCCUAACAAAAUCACAGACCUGAAUGCAGAGAUAGAGGAGGACAAAGUGGUACUCACCUGGACUGCACCUGGGGAGGACAUGGAUCAAGGCACAGGUACAUAAUAAAAUAAAUAAUGAACAUCUCAACAACAAGUUAUCGAUAUAAUUCCACAUAUUUUGCUUAGAUUAAAAUGUGUAAUGCAGGCCUAAUAUUCACUAAAUAAAUAAAACACACACUGCAACACUGACAUGUACAGUAUUUCACCAAUCCUUACAUUUCAUUGAACAGGGUGCAAAAUGUUAACAAUCAGAUAAUCAUUGUGCUGUCUUGGUGUAUAUUAUUUGCAUUCACUUGUCAUUUCUAUUUUUCAGCAACGGCCUAUGAGAUCCGUUUUAGUGAAGAUUUGGUCCUACUCAGAUCCAAUUUCAUCACCACACAUCUUGUCACAUACAACCUCCCACCAAAGAAGGCAGGCUCCAUAGAAAAGCUAUCUUUCACUCUCUUCUCAAUCAUCAAAAACGGCACCACUCUGUUCUUUGCAGCAAAAGCAGAAGACAAAGCUUUCCUGAAAUCUGAAACAUCCAACAUUAUUCAAGUGACCAAGAUUGUUCCCAAAGCUCCUGUGCCUUCUCCAACUGAUGCUCCUGGUGGGCCAGGUACAUCAGGCGGUGGUGUGAACAUUACUGCUAUAGUCAUAUCAGUCACCACAGUAACCAUGGUGGCUUGUCUGAUUGCUAGUGUGACAAUGUGUUCAAUGAAAUCAAGGAGAGUUAUUCAUGCU